AUGAAGAACCCAACACAUGAAGAUGCCAAGAAACCUCAAAGCAUGCCUAGUGGACCAAGGAACGUACUCCGCUCUAAUGAUUCUGCAAGCCUUUGGAAUUGUACACUUUCUCCCGGUUGGUCAAGAGAAGAAAGUGACAUUUUGCGAAAGGCAUUAAUGAAAUUCGGAAUCGGAAAUUGGGCAAAAAUUAUUGAUUCACAGUGUCUACCUGGAAAAACUAAUGCACAAAUGAACCUACAGUUGCAACGAAUGCUUGGACAACAAAGUACAGCCGGUAUAUACAAAUCUCUUUAUAUCAAACAUUCAGAAGUUAAAAAAAAAAAUUCAAAGAUUCAAGGUCCAGAUAUAAAACGAAAAAAUAACUGUAUCGUUAAUACCGGAGAAGAAGAAUGGUCCAAAAUUGAAUUACCUAGACCUGAAGAUCCACAAUCAGUUUUAGAAUCUAAACACGAGGAACUUCGUCGCCUACAACAAGAACUUGAAAACGUACAGUCUCAAAUUUCUAACAUACGCCGAAAAAAACGUGGAGAGAGUCUAGAAACAAUUGAAUCAUCAUCAUCCAAGGAGAUCGCGAAAAUCGAUAAUGGAAAACAACAAAAAUCAACUCGUAAAAAUAAAAGAACGAAGCAAAAGUAA